UCAGGGCGGCGCGAAGAUGGCGGCGGCGAUGGCGGCGUCCGAGGCCCCGAGUUCGCUGCUGCUGCUAGUGGUGGGCGGCGAGUGUAGCUGCCCGGGGCUGCUGGCCUACGUCCUGGAGGAGCUCGAGCGAGGCCUGCGUUCCUGGGAGGUGGACCCCAGAGUCUGUAGCCUGGAUGAACAGCUCAAGGCCUUCGUGUCCCGCCACUCUGCUACCUUCUCCAGUAUUGUGAAAGGCCAGCGGAGCUUGCAUCACCGUGGAGAGAACCUGGAGACGCUGGUCCUCCUCAACCCCUCAGACAGGUCCCUGUGUGAUGAGCUGCGGAACCUGCUGCUGGACCCAGCCCCUCACAAGCUGCUGGUGCUGGCCGGGCCCUGCCUGGAGGAGACUGGGGAGCUGCUGCUUCAGACAGGGGGCUUCUCACCUCACCACUUCCUACAGGUCCUGGGAGAUAAAGAGAUCCAAGACGCCCUGGCUUGUACGCCGCCUGCAGAGCCGUCCACGCUCACCAUUACCUGCCCGACCUUCGGGGACUGGGCACGGCUGGCCUCCAGUGCACCGGGGCUGCGCCUGCGGCUGAACCUGAACCCACGCGUGCAGCAGCCGGCCUCGGAGGGGCUGCGCGAGUUCUUGGAGUACGUGGCCGAGUCCCUGGAGCCGCCCUCGCCCUUUGAGCUGUUGGAGCCCCCGGCCUCGGGCGGCUUUCUCCGCUUGGCCCGGCCCUGCUGCUACGUCUUCCCUGGCGGCCUGGGGGACGCGGCCUUCUUCGCGGUGAACGGCUUCACAGUGCUGGUGAACGGCGGCUCGAACCCCAAGUCGAGCUUCUGGAAGCUGGUGCGGCACCUGGACCGCGUGGAUGCCGUGCUCGUGACGCACGCGGGUGCCGACAGCCUGCCGGGCCUCAACAGCCUGCUGCGCCGCAAGCUGGCCGAGCGCACCGAGGCGGCGGCAGGCUCUGGGCCCCGCGAGGAGCGGCUGCGCCGGCUGCUGUCGCCUGCUCUCGGCGUUGUCUUCCUGAACGCGCGCGCUGCCGCCUCCACCCGCCUACUGCGCGGAGAGGACGAGGCGGUGGCCGCGCGCGGCCUUCUGCGGAGCCUGGGCAUCGCGCCACUGCCGCUCAGCCGCGGCCCGGGGCCUGCGCGGCCCACCGUGCUCUUCGAGAAGCUGGGCGUCGGCCGCCUCGAGCUAUACGUGCUGCACCCUCCCGCCGACCCGGGCCCGGACACCGACUCGGCCUGCGCGCUGCUCGUGUGGCGGCCCGCGGCUCCGGCAGACAAGGUGGUGCGUGUGCUCUUCCCGGGCCGCACACCGCCCGCGCGCCUGCUGGAAGGCCUGCGUCGCCUGCAGCACCUGCCCUGUCUGCGCCGGCCAGUGGUCACCGCGCGAGAGGUGGGCGCCCCACCGCGCACCGACAGCCAGGACAGUGUGGCCUCCUCGCGGGACAGUGCGCGCAGGGAGCCCGACAGGGAACCUACCCGGCCUGGUCCUGAGCGUCCCUCUGCCCGCAAGGAUCCCGUUAGACCUGCUCCCGCUCGGGAGGGCAGGAAGGACACAAAGCCUGGCCUCUCCCGCUCAGCGCCCCGGGACACACGCCGGACCACCGUCCCCAGCCAGAGCAGGGCAGCUGUCCCCAAGCCCCGCACUGUGUCUGCACCUGUGCAAAAUGGGCCGCGUGCCACUCCUGACCCUGCCAGUCCUUCAGCAACUCACAAGUCCCUUGAGCCACAGCCCAGGGCCACAUGUGCAAGCAACAUGGAGCCUAAGGAGGUGGCACCGCCCGAGCUGCAGCUGCCUGUGCCCCCAGACUCGCAUCCACCAUCGCCAUCUCCCACUGAAAACCGAUGCAGCCCCGCUUCUGCCAGUGGUCCCUUGUCACUGAGCCCACUGUGCACCGAGCCUGCCCUGGACCCAUCCCCCACAGCCACCACACCCACGCUUACCACGCCGUCCCUGCCCGCUGAGCUGGGGUCGCCACACUCCACUGAGGUGGACGAGUCGCUGUCCGUGUCCUUCGAGCAGGUGCUGCCAUCCUCAGCCGCAGGAGACGCAGGCCUCAGCCUUCCCCUGCGCCCACGCACUCGCCGCUCUGCCUCGCCGCACGAUGUGGACCUGUGCCUCGUGUCGCCCUGUGAGUUUGAGCACCGGAAGGUUCCUGUGGCACCAGCCCUCGCACCCGUGUCCCCUGGCAGCUCUGAUAGCAGCGCGCGGUCGCAGGAGCGCCCAGGACCUGAGGAGACGCCACCCACAUCAGUGAGCGAGUCCCUGCCUACACUUUCCGACUCUGACCCUCUGCCAGCUGCCCCCGACUCUGAUGACGACACUGAGGGCUUUGCAGGCCGCGACCCACCACCAGAGCCCCUCCGGGUUCCCCCGCCACUGCCCGACCCACCUGGUAUCUGCAUGGUGGACCCAGAGAUGCUGCCACCCAAGUCGUCUAGGCAGGCUGAGAACCAAAGCCGCCAACGGAAGCCACUAACACGCCCCAGCUCUGCCUCGGGGGCGGCCCCCAGAGCCACUGCAGCAGCCACAGCCAAGACCAAGGCACUUGGCAGUGGGGACCGGGGCAGUCGGCCACUCAGUGCGCGCAGUGAACCGUGUGACAAAGGAGGCCGGACGCCACUCUCCAGAAAGUCUUCUGUCCCCAAGACGACUGCAGCCAUGAGAGGCCCAGCAGUGCCCACCAGCAGCCGCCCCACACUGCCCACUGCAGCAGGCUCCCCAGUCUACCUGGACCUGGCCUACCUGCCCGGCGCUGCUGCGGGCCAGCUGGACCAGGAGUUCUUUCGGCGGGUGCGUGCACUCUGCUAUGUCAUCAGUGGACAGGGUCAGCGCCAGGAAGAGGGUCUGCGUGGUGUGCUGGACGCGCUGCUGGCCAGCAAGCAACAGUGGGACCUUGACCUGCAGGUCACUCUGAUCCCCACCUUUGACUCGGCAGUGAUGCACAGGUGGUACGAGGAGACACACGGCCGUCACCAGGCACUGGGCCUCACAGUACUGGGCAGCAACAGUGUGGUGUCCAUGCAGGACGAGGCAUUCCCUGCCUGCAAGGUGGAGUUCUAGCAAUGCCCAGUGUCCUCAGCCCCUACACCCUGCACCCUCUGCCAGAAAUAAACCACUCACCCUGCCUCCUUCA